AUGUCGAAGAACCCUACCGCCCUCUACCUUGGCAUUGCUGCCCUCGGCGCCGGUGGCUACUACAUGUACCGCGCUGGAGGCGAUCCCAAGGUUGCUAAGGAGGAGAUGAGGCAUGACGCCCACCUCGCCCGUCUCAAGGCACCCACAGGCGAUCAAGCCGAAAAGGCAGGUGAAAAGGCAGCGUAUGAGACACGGUUGAAUGUUGAUGAGGCGAUCGACACCGCCAGCAAAGACGCCAAAGACAGCAUGAACCGUCUGGAGAAGAUUGGUCGCGACACGACGGCCGAGUUGCGCUCAGGCGCCGAGAAGUUGGAGGGUAAGGUGGAGGAGAAGGCGGCUGAGGCGAAGGGGACGGUGUCGGGUUGGUUUGGGGGGAAGAAAUAA